CCUUCGCCGCCCAACCACUUUCGCCGCCCAUACGUAGCUGCAUUUGCAGCAUCACGCACUUAUCCUACUCUUUGUGAACAGUCAAGGUGUAACCAACUGUCCAUCCUUUAUUCCUUCCUUCAGACAGAGUGGUUUUUGUACCGCCUGUCCGACCGUGGUGAAGAUGGCGCUACCAGCGCCGGUCGGUCUAGGCCAAAUGGCCUCGGCCACGACUGAGCUGUGGCCUGCGAUGGUGAAUGUGAUCAAGGCCCCGUGGCAAUCGAGAGGAGUUCAGGAGGCUUCAAAGCCAAGGAGGCAUACACCACAGCGGGUCGAAGCAAAGCAAGAGCUGGGCCAGCAGCCGAGGACCAACUCUCUGCCCGAAUACAUGACCACCGUUCCCUUAUCCGCCCUGCGACAGCGACAUGUGUCGCCUUCGGGCCUGCAGACUCCCCUCACGACAUCUUCGAUCCUGGCUGCGAUGCCCAAAGGAAGCCUUCGCUACGCUUCACCUCUCACCCGCACCUUCGCCUCCCUCUCGCCCGCCGCACGAUCCUUCUCUACAACCACCCGAAUUGGCCCUUUCACCCUUCGUGCACCUUCUAAAGCGCUAUCUCCCGGCGUCAACCAGCAACGAACAAUCUUCGGCGCCACAUGGGGCUCCAACACCAGCAGGAAUCAACUGGCGCAUAUGGAGCAGACGGCCAACAACAACCCGAAUAGCCCCACUGCCCAGAAUGCAUUCUACCAAGCCCUUUUGCGAGCGAACAUGCCCGAGAUUAUGGUGGAGCGGUAUCAGACUGGGCGCUAUGCUUCGAACCAAGCAUGCGAGAACAUUUACACGCGGGCCCUGGAACGAAUCGGCGCGCAAGAGACGGGGGCGCUGGGAACUCUCGCAGGCAGGACACCGGGAGGACAGAGCCACCAGAUGACGAAUGAGCAGUUGCAGGCUAUUGGUCAGGCAGUAUCGGCCAAGACACACGGCGGCAAUGUCAGCAUAUCCAAGCAGGCUUCUGGUGCGAAGAAUGAACCGCUGUAUGUCGUGGUGGAUGAGACCAUGGGCAGCACCAUCUUCAAGUGGGUGAAGUUCAUCCUUGUCUUUGCCCUGGUCGGAUACUGUGCUUUGGUCAUCUUUACACUCAUGGUGGAGGCGACCGGCGUGCUCAAGAAGGUCGGCGGUGCGCAAAACGCAGAAGCAAAGCCAGAACUACAAACCACCCGCUUCAGUGAUGUCCACGGCUGCGACGAAGCAAAGGAAGAGUUGCAGGAGCUUGUCGAGUUCCUCAAAGCACCCGACCGCUUCAGCACACUUGGCGGCAAGCUACCCAAGGGCGUGCUGCUCGUCGGUCCUCCAGGCACAGGCAAGACGCUUCUAGCUCGAGCUGUGGCGGGAGAAGCUGGUGUACCUUUCUUCUACAUGUCUGGAUCGGAGUUCGACGAAGUAUACGUGGGUGUUGGCGCCAAACGAGUGCGUGACUUGUUCACGGCUGCGCGAGGCAAGAGCCCGUCCAUCAUCUUCAUCGACGAGAUUGAUGCUAUAGGAGGCAAACGGCAUGAACGCGAUGCGGCCUACGCAAAACAGACACUCAACCAGCUCCUCACCGAGCUUGAUGGCUUCGAUCAGAACUCCGGUGUCAUCGUCAUCGGUGCUACGAACUUUCCUCAGAGCUUGGACAAAGCGCUCACACGACCUGGACGAUUCGACCGAAAUGUUGUCGUUGCUCUCCCUGAUGUCCGUGGCCGGAUUGCGAUUCUCAAGCACCAUCUUCGAAACAUCCGAACGGAUACUGCCGUCGAUCCAGCGCUGAUUGCACGAGGCUGUCCCGGCUUCAGCGGAGCGGAUUUGGAGAAUGUCGUGAAUCAAGCCGCCAUCCGAGCGUCGAAGAACAAAUCCCCCAAAGUCGCCUUGGACGACCUCAUGUGGGCCAAAGAUAAGAUCCUCAUGGGCGCCGAGAGGCGGAGUGCAGUAAUCCAACAAAAGGACAAAGUCAUGACCGCCUAUCACGAAGGCGGCCACGCACUCGUCGCCAUGCUGACCGAGGGAACCACCCCGCUCUACAAAGCGACCAUCAUGCCUCGCGGCCACGCUCUCGGCCUGACACAAAUGCUGCCAGAGCUGGACAAAGUGAGCGAAACGAAGAAGGAGAUGAUGGCGCAGAUCGACGUCUGCAUGGGCGGCAAGGUCGCCGAAGAACUCAUCUACGGCCCGGAGAACGUCACCACCGGCGCGUCCUCGGACAUCUCCAACGCUACCAAGGUGGCGUACAUGAUGGUCACGCAAGCCGGCAUGAGCGACGAGCUAGGCAACAUCGAUCUCGCCUCCGACUACCGCCAACUCAGCCCCGCCACGAAGAUGAAAAUCGAACAGGAGGUGCGACGGCUGGUCGAAGAGGGGCGCGAGCGCGCUCUCAAACUCUUGUCGCAGAAUCGCGAGGGCCUCGAUCGGCUUGCGAACGCGCUAGUUGAGUACGAGACUCUGGGCAAGGAGGAGAUGGAGAAGGUGGUGCGCGGCGAGAAGUUGCCGGACCGGUUGAAGAUCGAUCCUGAUGCUCCAGUUAAGAUGCCGGAGUCGCCUAUGGGAGUGUCCUUGAGUGAGAAGGUCAGAAUGCAUUUGUGUGUGUUUGCAUAGACUUGGAGUCGCUUCGAUUUCCUAUUGAGCGCGGCGUCGUGUCGAGGAGGCAUGGUGUGCUGUGCCAACCUGCUGCUGGAAAGACGAGCGGGUGGCAGUGAGCAUUCAUCGUUCGGUAG